AAUUAAACGACUUUCAAAUGAGAACGUAUGGCAUGGAUAGAGGCUGAGAUCGUGGACGGAAAUGCGAAGACGGAGCUGUCCAACAGGAAGGACCCAGGCCUUUUCUGCGGCGAGACAGAGCAGCCCCAGGUGUUCAUUUCGGAGACGAGCUUCGUCAAGCUCGUCUUCCACGCCGACAACUUCACCGAUCAGACUUACUUCAGCUUCGAUUCGAGAGCGGAGCAACAGUUCGACGUUUACCUCAGAUAUGGACAGCACCCUGAGUUGUAUCCUAACCGGAGAGGCCAAGUCAUGGCUGGUACGUACUGCGAGAGGGUUUUUCGAGACUGCCGGCUCCAGACGUGCUACGUCCAGUCUCCAGCUUAUCCAGGGAUUUACCCGAGACACCUUCACUGCACAUAUAAGCUCAACACGAGGCAGCCUUUCAUCAAACUGUACAUCGAAAACGAAGAGUUCAACAUCGACGGGCAGAGAUGCGAGAACAUAAUGACGUGUCCGAUGAGGCCUAUUUCGUCAGGAGCCGAACACUGCCCGUACGACUACAUCAAGAUUUACGACGGUAAAGACGCCUCGUACCCCGUCAUAGGAACGUUCUGCGGAAUGGGGAAAUUUCCCUACUCCAUCAUCGGGACCAGCGAAGACUUGUUUGUGGAAUUCGUCAGCUCUCCCGCCGGGCCUUUAUUGAACACGGGAUUCCAUUUUAAUGUUGGAAACUGGCCCGGCCACGUCGAGACAGCCGGGAGCAGAAAUUCAACAUGCGACUGGCUCCUCACGACCGAAGAUCUGGCCAAAAGCGGUGACUCCGAGGGGAUCUUUUUGUCCGUGGCCCAUUGGUACCCGCCGCACACGUCCUGCACCUACCUCAUACAGGGUCAAAAAGACCAAGUAGUACGUCUCUACUUUCCGAGUUUCCGCAUAAACAGGAUCGAAUCGCCCAUAGCGGUUUUCGACGGAGAUUGCGGCGAAAGCCUGACUCUUUACGACGCAUCCUGGCCCGACGACUCAAGGAUCAUCAAAACCUUCUGCGACACGUUUUCCAGGGCUAUGGAAAAACACGAUUUCGUCUCGACUGGGAACGCCCUGUUUGUCAGAUUUGAAAGCAAAACCGGAAGUUACUCUGGCUCCUCUCUUUAUUACUGGGCUCAUUACGACUUUUUUAACAAUACCAAAUUCGGAAAGGCGGUGCCUGGAACCGUCUGCGACGAAGAGUUCUCCUCCUGGAGGUCGGUGUCCGGCUAUUUCAGAUCCCCGAUGAACACCCUGGUUUACAAGAGGACAGAGUCGAGCGGACAGCUCACCUGCAGAUACUCGUUCGUCACGGACCGACGUCUCUAUGCACGGGUCAUACUGACCAUCACCAACAUCAAUUUUAAGGAACACCCGUUCAACACCGGCUCCUGCGACGAAUGCUGGGAUGGUAGAUUGGACAAACUGAUCAUCUGGGAGCCUGGUAUGACGAACAGCACCAAGACCCCCGGUUCGGGCCUCCACGGGGCCAAAUGCCUCUGCAGGAACACGAGGACGUCUCUGAAGCCGAACCUGCCCGCGGCCAAGAUCAUCUCGACAACGGAAACGCUCAACCUGGAGCUCAACGUCGACCCGGCCCACGCGGCGUCCAGCUAUUUCAAGCACGGCGGAGCACUUUUCGAGGCGAAGUACGAGUUCGUACACUCGCCCCUCUGCGGCCCGGCGGUCAUCCCGGCGAGCACGGAAGGCGAACUUCAUUUCCCACAUUACGAAGCUCUCGGUUACACCGAAGCUCCUCGUUCUAUCAGAUGUAUCUGGGAAAUCAGGGUCAAUAGAGACAGGGACGUCUGGCUUCACUUUGAUAAAGUGAGAUUCACGACGAAAGAUUGCCAGGACGGAAGACUGGAAGUGUUCCUGCCGUCGCGGCCGGACUACCCGUUCCUUUCGAUUUGUGGUCACAACGUCAGCUCGAAGGACAUGCCGCCUUUGACCUCUCUCGACCUCACGCCCGCCACUUCGGACAACGGCUACUCGCCCUCGCCCUCAGUCAAAAUCCAGUUCAUCGGCACCACGACACCGGCCCGAGCCGCCUUCAAAAUCGCAUGGACGGAACUGUUCCACCUUCCGAGGAAUCCAGACGGGACGUUAAUGACGUCCAAGUUGACUGAAGGGGGAGGAUUCACGUCCUCUCCAGAAGGUGACUGCGAGUUCCUGUGCCCAGGGGAUUCCGGACUGUGCAUACCAGGCAACUUGGUUUGCAACGGGGUAGUGAACUGCCCGAUGCUCUUGGGAGGGAGAUACAACGAGUCGAUAGACACCGGGGACGAGGCUCCGGAAGUGUGCAACACCAGGACGGAGACCCAGGACGUCAACUGGCUCAUGAUCGGCCUGGGCGCGUGCGGCGGCGCUCUGCUCGCUUUGGCAUCGCUCUUCCUCGCCUGCCGUUGCUGCUGCUGCGAGUCCUGCUGCUGCUCCUGCGACAAGAGGCACGACGACGACGAAGACGACUACUGAUACACGUCCCGGGACCUCGCAUUUUACACGCUCAACGUCACCUGAUUUCAAACUACACAGCCCCAAAUUGUAAAUACACCGCCGAAUUGUACGGUCGACGACUAUCCGAUGGUUUAAAUCGCCAAAUAUCGAGCACUUUUUCAUUUUACUAGAACUCGUUGCAGGAUGUGUUGCCACCUAGCCAAAGCUGAUUGGUGAAGUUUAAUCUGUACAUGAACUGUGUGAAGCGAGUUUAAAAAAUACUGUUACAGGUCUGUCAAGAAUCAGUACUUUGUCUUUAUGUGAUAACUCAUAUCACAUGGGCCGACAAAUAGCUGAGGUCAUCGCAUGCCCAAUGCGUGUUUUCCUUAUUUUUCUGGUCUUUCACGCGUAUUUUGUUUUAAACUGUGCCAACUGUUACUGACCCCCAAUGUCGAUAUCCGAAAAUUCUAGCAUCACUUUUGUGAUGCUCAAGUUAUCACCUACUGAAUAGAUGUAAAACAUACAAUACUUAUUUGUACAUCACCAAAAACAUAAGUUCUUAAUUCCGACCCUCCGUAAAUACUCAACACUUACAACUGAAUGAAUGAACGGUAUACAAAAAGAGGAAGAAAAACAAAAACCGAACUUGUAUCAUGUGGUUAUCAUGCGUAAAAGUAACUGUCCCUAUAUGAGUAUAAAUGUAACUAAAUUGCCUACACUGCCCCGGUGCGUUAUCUUGGAUUUUUUCAUGUAUAAACAACACCCAAGACAAUCAUAAGACCUCUCAGGGCGUAAGGUUGUGAAGUGUGAAGUUCAACGGAGGUGUCCAACUCCGUCAAAUUACAAAUGCACUUUUUUAUGCUUCAAAUUACGUUAUUUAUAACCUUCACAUACCGUUUGUAUAUGACCUCAUCAAACUAUAAAUAAAAAUUGCUCCAAGCUGUACUAAUAGGGCAGUUGUGACAUUCAUUCCUAUCGGCAUUUCCUCGAGGGCGAAAGUAAGUGGUCCCGAGACCUUCUCAGAGGUUUCUCUAUGCCUAGGUUUCAGGAGUCUUUGGGCAACUUCUCCAUGUGUCUCAAAAGACACAAACAACAUAAAUCGAAAAUAUUUACUUAAUACAAUAUUUGUAG